CGCGACCUCUGCUUCUUCCAGUGCCGGACGCGCCCCCCCUGCCCCCCUUCUCCUCUCGUCUUCUCUUUCACCCCACGUUUGAGGCGUAUUUCGCCGCCGCCGCCGUCAGUCAGAACCUGGAGACUCGGGAGAUGCGGCAGAGGCGGGAGGAAGGAUUUACUGCAAACCCUGGAGAAUAUUUCUACACCGAUCCCUUACUGUCACCCGGACAACGAGUGUAUAACUGCCUGUCACCCGCCAGUCACCAGGUGAUGGGCUGUUUGCGCCUUCAGACUCCGCCUCCCAUCAUGUCUUCCUGUGUGUUCCCCUCCUCCUAUGAUGAUGAUCCUAUGGGUGAUGAUGAAGAUAUCUCGGAGAACAUUUCACAUAAUGGAGGACCCUCGGAGUUGCCCCUUCUUCCUCCCGGCUCUGACCCCCUGGACAUGGUCGCUCCCCAGUGUCUCGUCCUCCCAGUUUCAGGGUGUUGUGGGACGGUCAGUGCUGUCCCCUCCCCCGCGCUCUACACCCCAUCAGAGCUGGAGGCCGUGUGUGGACUGUUGUGUCUGUCGGCCACAUCCCCCCCGCACCGCGCACAAUAGACACUGAGCUCCGCCCACCUCUGUAUUAUUUGUGUUUUUUCUUGUAUUAGAGUGUAAGCUCUGCGGGUGA